CACAUUCUAUUAUGCCGGAUACCAUGUACACACAGACACACUUCAUCUCCCCUUCACCCUCUCUUUCGAUGGCUCCUUUUUUCAACUCAAACACUGUCGAGGACAACAAAAAUGGAACCCUCCACCGGUCCUUGCCGAGCGCAGUGGUGCGCGGACCACCUCAUCCAACCCCCACCCCGCAGGGCCGUCACAGUGCAAGCUGAAUGCGCAGGGAUUUGGAAGUGGUGCCGUCCAUGGAUUCAAGACGAUUUCCCUGAGGUGCAAUCCACGAUUCAGCAAGCAAGGGGUACGAUGGGGAGCGAGUCUGGUAAAGGAAGGAAAAAAGGGAACUGCAAA